AUGAAGAAAAAAAGCGAAAGCAAAUGCGACUUUAAUCGAAAUCCAGUUCUUGGGCUUGUAAGACUGUUGGCAAGUUUAAUUCAUUUAUUUAGGAGGAGAAAAGUACACGAUCAUGUCCGAAACAUGAAAGACAUAAAGAGGGAGAGCAAUGCAUACACCAGACAUCGACAUGUAAUAUUUAAAAUACGAUUUAUUGCUGCUCUUCAAAAUUAA